AUGGCUGGUAACGGCAUCUGGCACAAAACGUCUGUCCAGGCCGCACAGGAGACGAAGCAUACGUAUUCCAAGGCCACCCUACCCGGGCAAAAGCGCAGUUAUUCGGACGUUGAACCGUCAGCAGGGUUUCCGUGUCCCAUUAUCCCAAGCCGAUCGGCAACAGCGCAACUUUCUGUUGGGAAACCGGCUGGUUCUCCACGGCUCUCCGCCAGCCCCAUCACAACCCUCGCUGCUGCGCAUAGGAACCGAGGGCUCUCUGAGUACUCCCAGCGACGGACCAUCCAAGCGACCCCUUCUUCAUCCGUAGAUCCCUUUCUUUCCCUCGCCCACACCGUCUAUGGCCUCCCACGGCCGCUGAUCCAUAACUUCGCCAAGCUUGGCAUUCACAGUAUCUACCCUUGGCAGAAGGCAUGCCUGCUCGGCCCCGGUCUCCUCAUUGGCGAGAAGAACCUCAUCUACAGCGCGCCCACUGGGGGCGGCAAGUCUCUGGUGGCCGACGUGCUCAUGCUGAAGCGGGUCCUCGAAGAUAAAGAUGCAAAAGCCAUCCUGGUCCUUCCCUAUGUUGCUCUUGUCCAGGAGAAGGUCCGUUGGUUGCGCCAUAUAGUAGAUGGCCUGGCCAAGGUGAAUGCUCCCCCUCCCGUAGAUGAAGCGAAUCGGCUUUGGCGGCGGAGGGCCGACGAAAAUACUAUACGCGUCGUUGGCUUCUUCGGUGGCGGCAAGGUGCAGUCAACUUGGGCGGACUUUGACAUUGGAGUUUGCACUAUUGAGAAGUCGAUGCAGGUUGUCGGCAUGAGCGCAACUCUCUCUAAUAUCAGGUUGCUAUCGACCUGGCUCGAUGGUCAUUCCUACGAGACCAAGUACCGGCCCGUACCCGUCGAGGAACAUCUCGUCUACGAAAGCCAUGUAUACCCUGCUGCCACCACGAGCGAGUUGCUCAAGACAGCGAAUCAGUUGAAGAAUGUUUCUCAGCCCACACAGUCCGAGGCCAUGGCUAUCAGGCGUAUAGAGCCAUCAGUUCAUCGAGAGCUCAAAGACCCAGUAGUCAAUUCGGUAGUAGCUCUAGCGGCCGAAACCGCUAGAGCAGGAUACGGCGCAUUGGUCUUCGCCGGAAGCCGGGGUGCUUGCGAGACGGAUGCCAAGCUAAUCGCCCGAGUGUUGCCCCAGCAAGAAGAGGUUGAGCCCACCCUAUUUGACAAGAGAGUCGGCUUGCUUGCCGAACUGCGGAGCUUGAGCACUGGUCUUGAUGCGGCGCUCGAAGAGACUAUACCUUCAGGAGUAGCAUUCCACCGACUCACUACGGAAGAACGCGAACUGAUCGCCAAUGCUUAUGAUAUGGGCGUUCUAAAGGUUUGCGUUGCAACGUGCAGUCUUGCUGCCGGGAUCAACUUGCCUGCUCGCCGUGUAAUUCUUCACAAUGCGCGAAUGGGCCGCGACUUUGUCGGUCCCUCUAUGCUCCGACAAAUGCGUGGUCGAGCCGGACGAAAAGGGAAAGACGAAGUCGGCGAAACGUACUUGUGUUGUCGGAAAGAUGACCUGGAACAAGUCGUUGAUCUGAUGCACUCCGAGAUGCCACAGCUCACGAGUGGCCUCAACAGUGACAAGCAGCGCAUUCAGAGAGCGUUACUAGAAGUUAUCGCCAUACGUUUGGCCACAAGUCGCGAUUCAAUCGACGACUAUGCGGCGAAGACGCUACUUGCCUGCACAGGCGAUCUCGCACUCGUCCGAAAGUGUGUCCAAAGCAGUUUGGACAACCUCCUCUCUCUCAACUUUGUCGAAGUCGACGGGCUGGAUGGUUUUCGUCCGACACAACUGGGCAAGGCCAUUGUAGCAUCAGCUUUGGACCCUGAUGAUGGAACGUUUAUCCACAAGGAACUACAACGUGCGCUAAAGGCAUUCGUUAUGGAUGGUGAGAUGCAUAUCCUCUACAUGUUUACCCCUGUUCAGGACUACGGCACAAACAUCAACUGGCAAGUAUUUCGCAACGAGAUGGAGGCGCUUGAUGACAGCGGUCAUCGUGUUCUCGGGUUCCUAGGCCUCAAGCGUGCUGUGAUCAACCGGUUAGCGCAAGGUGGCGUGCUGAAGGAAUCAACAGCCGAAGAACAAGAUGUAAUUCGUGUGCAUCGCAGGUUUUACAUGGCCUUACAACUACGAGACCUCUGUAAUGAGAUGCCGAUCCAUGUUGUUGCUCGCAAAUAUGAUGUGCACCGAGGCGCUGUGCAGACGCUCUCCCAAACAUGCACCGGCUUCGCUGCUGGUAUGAUCAAGUUUUGCGAGCAAAUGGGAUGGGGCAUCAUGUCCGCAGCGCUCGACCAUUUCUCCGACCGCCUGAGAGCCGGUGCCAGGGCAGACCUGCUGGCGCUGGCCAAGAUAACCUUUAUUAAAAGUCGAACGGCGCGAAUUUUCUGGGAGAGCGGCUACCGGAGUAUCGCGGCGGUCGCGAACGCGGACCCGCGGGAGUUGGCCCAACCAAGCAAGGUGCGAAUCAAGGCUCAGGAUAGCUCUCAGUAUGAAGAGAAGAUGAUGGCCAAGGCCCAAGUCAUCUCAAAUUCGGCAAACCGAUUGUGGCAAAUAGAGAUGCAACACGACGUCUACGAAGAGUGA